AUGUCCCAAGUGGAAACAUGCAGUCCUCUGGCAUAUGUGACUCGAGUGGAAUCCUUCAGUGCUUGUCACAGACUUCAUAGUGUAGCCUUAUCUGAAAAGGAGAACCUAGAUCUGUAUGGGAAAUGUAAUAACCCUAAUGGGCAUGGUCAUAAUUACAAAGUAGAGGUGACUCUCAAAGGACCCAUUGACCCCAUUACUGGGAUGGUUGUGAACAUUACUGAUCUAAAAGAGUGGAUGAAAACUGCAAUUUUGGAUGCUUUGGACCAUAAAAAUUUGGAUGCAGAUGUGCCUCAUUUCUCCAACAUUGUAUCAACGACUGAGAAUGUGGCUGUGUUUAUUUGGGAAUCUCUGAAGAAGGAACUCCCUAAUCCUAGCUUGCUUCAUGAAGUGAAGAUCCAUGAAACUGAUAAGAACAUUGUUGUCUUUCAUGCCCCACCAAGCCAAGGUUCCUCACGGAGUGAGAGUUCCUCCCUGAGGCAGCAAGUGCUGGAUGCCUUACUUCCUCCGAUUGACCCCACUGUGAUGAUCGAUAUUGAACGCCAUGCCAAAGCCCUUGCCACUUCAGCAGAUGAUCUGAUUGAGAAUCUUUCAGGGACCCUUCACAGUAUCUCCUCUCUAACGGUGGAUUCUGUUGAGGCAUAUAAAAGCUCAGUCCGGAUUACCUGUGAUGGAGUAGAUGCUAACAUUCGGAGCAUGUAUCAGUUGAUGGCAAAAUGUGAAGAGCUUUCCAAGAGCAUGCCACCAGUAUAUCGACUUGCUCUUCAAGUGAAGGAAGUUAGAAGGUUGCUGGAACUAUUUGAAACAGAGGUGAACACCAGUUCUGGGAGGGGCACUGUCUGGUGAUUGGAGCAUAUCUUCUGUUACAGUGUCCCUUUCCAUUUCAUUUUUUUGUGUGAGAAUGUUUCUUAAGUAUAACCAUGGCCCAAUCAGUGUCUUUCAGUACCAGUUGUGUUUCAGGGAGUGUCACAAUAAUGAACAGCAACUGUGAGGAUCUGACAGCAGAAUUUUGGGUCAUGGAUACAAAGAACAUUCCUUCUAUCAUGAAACGUUUCCUAUC